CGUUGCAGUAGGAGGGUCCAUGUGCACAGAAUGACGUCGCUGGGCAAGUCUGCCUGAGUCCUUCGCUGUUUUUAUCAGUCUUCUAUCGGAUGGCUGGAAAAUCAUAUAUCUCUGGAAUUGUGGUCCAAAUGUGAGAAUAUCCAAGGCGUCCGACCUACGCGUCGCUCGCGAUCGGCGUGUCAAAGCAGCGUUUUGCAGUUGAGGAUUACGAAUGAUUUACGCAGUUGAGCAAAGCCCCACUUCUAUUCUGUGCGUUGAGCUGUCAGAACUGAAACUAGUGGAUGUAUGGGCAAGAGUAAAUACAGAAUAGCCACGGCGGGGGAUACAGUGAAGACGAUAUAAGUACCGGCUUGUUCUCGUCUCUUUCUCCUCCUGGAUAAUUGCUGCCCAGUGCUCAGCAACACAGCCACCUGACAUGUCUGAAUGUCGUAAUUAAGGUAAAUCGAUGACCCAGCCAUGGAGACCAAAAGAUGCCAACGUUUAUUUGAAGGAUCCAUAGACGCGGAUAAGAACAGAUGGUCCCAGGUCCCCGGCGGCCUCGCGGACUUCUGCCGCACCAGAGCCGGUGAGCCCGGCAGCCUAAACACCAACGCAGAUACCCUGAUGGACGUAGCCAACGCCAGCUGUUCCCCCAGCAGCAACAACGCCGCCGACGGCAAGGAGAACAACGGCGUCCACGGAGGCCGGAACGCUGAGCAGCAGCCUCCGCUCAAACUGACCCAGAACCAGCACCAGCCUUUUGUCGUCUUCGCCAGCCCGCUUCCCGGGAGAAAGCAGGAGGCGAUGGACUCCAAGGAACUGUCCAAAACUGUGGCCGAGUCCAUGGGCUUGUACAUGAACGCCGCCAGGGAGGCCACGGACUUCGGUGGCUUCGGCCAACAAGGAGGUCAUUGUAGCCCCGGCAAGAUCUACCCCGGGGGGGUUUGCGGGCGCCCCUGUCUCAAGGAGGGCCAGUGUGCCGUGUCCACGGGCAGUCCCAAGCUGAAGUCCCCUCCUCCCGGUUUCCCGAAGCAGACCUGCUCCGCCCCGGGGGAGUGCUGCUCAUCUGGAAACUUGGCGGGGGCCGCAGCCUUGGGCUCAUCUCUGUCGUGCAGCCCGCAGACGUCCAGCUCCAUCUCCAGUCCCGGCGGCAGCAACAACCUGGUCUCGUCCACCACCAGCCCCACGUGCUUCGGGGGGACGUACGCCUGUUCGUCAAUCAGCAGCCCCGUCAACCAGCAAGGGUCCGCUGGCCCGGCCCUGGCCCACGGCCACGUCCAACGGCGGAACUCGACCACCUGCAGCCCGGCGGAGUCCAGCACGGUGGGCUCGCCUCCACUCAGCAGCCCACUCAACGUCAUGCGCUCGCCCAUCUCCAGCCCCCAGAGCAUGGGCAGUGUGCUCUCCCCGCCGUCCUGCAGCGCCUCCGCCAACAUGAGGUCGUCGUCUGUCUCAAGCCCCACCGGCAGCGGCAAAAACAUGAGGGCCUCAUCGUCCAUCUCCAGCCCGACCUCCAGGGGCCCCGCCGGGGUGUCGACGAGCCCCGGCGGCGGGUUUGCCGCGUCCAGCCCGGCCAGCGGCCUGGGCCUAGUCCAGAAUGACUCCGACAGCCCGGGGGGGAGGAGGACUGAUCAGCAGGACUUCAAGGGGUUUGAGUUCCCCAAGGUGGAGAGCGUGGACGGGGAGAUGUUCAACGUGGGCCUGGACCACUUGGGCAUGGUGAAGUACAUCAAGAACGAACCGGACACCGACUUCAGGAGCAUGUGUCUGGGCACCGGCGGCGGCGGCGGUGGCAACGGUGCAAAGUGCAACCAGGUCAUCGGCUGCGCCGGCUCGCCUUUCAUCGCCCAGGUAAAGAGCGAGCCGAACAAGGAUGGCGGCUGCACGAAUCCCCAGUGUUACGACGAGCAGCGGCCGCAGCAGCACUCGAUGGGCCUCUUCCAGCCGGGCCCCUCCGAGACCACCUAUCUGUCCCUGAGGGACAACAUCGACGAGUACAGUCUCUCUGGGAUCUUGGGACCGCCGGGCAACGCCAUGAAUGGCAGUUAUGAAACCAGCGUGUUCCCCCACACUCUACUGUCUAAAGUCAAGCAGGAAAGCAACGAUGUCAGCUACUACCAAGAGAACAGCAGCAAUAUCGGGCCCACGUCAUCCAUUGUGGGCGUUAAUUCGGGGGGGCACUCGUUUCACUACCAGAUCGGAGCACAGGGGACCAUGUCUUUCUCGCGGCACGACCCGAGGGAGGCCGGGACAAACCCUCUGCUGAAUCUGGUUUCUCCCGUUACCGCGCUAAUGGAGUCGUGGAAGUCUCGGCCUGGUAUGUCACAGGGCCCAAGAGGAGAAGGCUACCCAGGUCACGGCUGCAUGCCGGACAGCAUUUCAAGCGCCUCGCUGAGACACCCGUCAUCCACUGCCAAGGUGUGUCUGGUCUGUGGCGACGAGGCGUCCGGAUGCCACUAUGGGGUGGUCACAUGUGGCAGCUGCAAGGUCUUCUUCAAGAGAGCUGUAGAAGGUAGGAAAAGCCAGCACAACUACCUGUGUGCAGGAAGGAAUGACUGUAUCAUCGAUAAGAUCCGGAGGAAAAACUGCCCAGCAUGCAGAGUACGGAAGUGCCUCCAAGCCGGAAUGAACCUCGGAGCACGGAAGUCCAAGAAGCUGGGGAAGCUUAAGGGUGUGAGCGACGACUCCACCCCCACCAAAGAGGGGGCGUGUCCGGGCUCCGGUGGAGGUGGGGUGUACCUGACCUCGGGUGAGAAGGAGCUUAGCGUCAACGCCGCCAACGCCCUGGUGCCCCAUGGUACCGGAGGGGUCACCCCCUACAUGCCGCCCUCCAUCUGCAGCGUGCUGGAGCUGAUCGAGCCGGAGGUGGUGUUCGCGGGCUACGACAACACCCAGCCAGACACCACCGACCACCUGCUGUCCAGCCUCAACCAGCUGGGCGGGAAACAGAUGAUCCGUGUGGUCAAGUGGGCCAAAGUACUUCCAGGUUUCCGGGGCCUGCCCAUUGAGGACCAAAUCACCCUCAUCCAGUACUCCUGGAUGUGCCUCUCGUCCUUCUGUCUCAGCUGGCGGUCCUACAAACACACCAACGGGCAGAUGCUCUACUUCGCCCCCGACCUCGUCUUCAACGAGGAACGCAUGCGGCAGUCCGCCAUGUACGACCUGUGUGUCGGCAUGAGGCAGGUGAGCCAGGAGUUUGUCCGGCUGCAGCUCACCUUCGAAGAGUUCCUCUCCAUGAAGGUGUUGCUGCUGCUCAGCACAGUUCCCAAAGAGGGCCUGAAGAACCAGCCAGUGUUCGAGGAGAUGAGGGUCAACUACAUCAAGGAGCUGAGAAGGUCUGUGGGCAAGGCCACCAACAACUCUGGCCAGACCUGGCAGCGCUUCUUCCAGCUCACCAAGCUGCUGGACGCCAUGCAUGACCUGGUGGGAAAUCUCCUCGACUUCUGUUUCUAUACCUUCCGCGAGUCUCAGGCUCUGAAGGUGGAGUUCCCGGAGAUGCUGGUGGAGAUCAUCAGUGACCAGAUACCAAAGGUGGAGUCGGGCAACACACACACCCUUUACUUCCACAAGAAGUGACUGAAGUGAGAAAGAGAGAACGAAAUUACCAGAGAGGGGAGAGGAGGAGAGGGGGAGGAGGAUUGAAGGCCAAAAGGAAAGACACUAGCCUUAGAAGUGGCCUAAAUACUAUGACAGCCAGUUGGUCUGCUGUCAUUUCCCCCCACCCCUCUCGGAUGGGACUGGAAACAGACAGGAAGUGAAAAGUGAGGGGCAAGAAACAGGAAACGAGCGGGAAGAAGUAGUAAGUGGAUUCCCCUAUCCUGCAGUCUCCGUCCGCUGGUUAGAGGUGACUCUGAGCAAGAUCUCCUGAGCCAAGGAAAACGCACUGAGCGGGAGGAGGACUUUCUCAAACGUGACAAAGAAGCGUCCCUGGACGACGACGACAAUUUUAUGAAUAUGAAGCCAUACAUUUUUUUGGUUGCGCUAUAGUCCAUACGUUCACACACACACACACACACACACACACACACACACACACACACACACAGUACAGAAGCUUUCACACGUAGAUAGCAGCACACGCCAUCUCUUACCCUCCUGAACAACUGCUAAAACUGUGUGCUUUUUAAACGAGUCAUGGAUACUAGUACUAACAGUAUGGAAGACAAUGCUUAGAUGUUGCUUUGCCGUGUAUUGCCGUCAGUAAAUCGAGAAGAGGAAGCUAUAUUUGAAUCUACUCCAAGGGCUAUACAAGCUUAAAGAUAAACUGAAUAGUUGCAUUAAAAGCUAACGAAUUACACUGUUGUUCUCUGCUGGUGUGCAUUUCAACACCCAAACACCUCCAGUAGAAAUAAAAAAAUGGUUCAACGUUAUAUUACAAUCAAAAACCUGACUUAAUAAUAUGCAAAAACUUCAGAAUGAAAAUUGUUUUUUUUUUUUUUAUUAAUUUUUAAAAACAUUUUUUAAUUUUUAUUUUAAUUUUUAAGUAUGGCGUUUUCUUCAACCCGAUGUGAAGAAACAGCCCGAGUAGAACAGUGAAACAUCGAGCUCCAAUAAUGUCAUCCAUUAAGGCUUUGUUUUUGUGUUACUUAACGACGCAAUGUUUAUCAGUACCUUGUUCCCAUCCGAAAUGCGUGCGGGAGCCCAGGAAAACCCCUUACAAUAUGACUUUGCAGCGGCGGUGUUCCCUUCACUGCGUAGUGCUUUUGACUGCGGCACGCCCAGUUUAGUCACACAGGAUCAUCGCCGUCGUCUGUGUAAGCGUCAGAGCACCCAUGUCUCAGUGUACUCACAGUGGAUCCGACCCAGCACCCUUUGUGAAGUCACUUAUAUACUGUUUUCAGUAAUAAUAAAGCAUUUUGUAUGAGUGUGUCGUUGCAACGGUUUCGGUUUUUGUACGUUAAACGUUUUACACCCAAGGUGCUUCCCCCC